CGCAGAGGGGUUAGGAGGGCCCGGCGCACGCGCGUUGGCGCGCAAGGGAUGGGCGGAGUGUUGACUACCCUGGGAUGGCGGCCAGCGGGUACCGGGACGGCGGAGCCGUCAGCGACCCGCAGAAACCGACUUCCUGACGCGGCCGGAGGGCGGGGUCGCUCGGACUGCCUCCGCCGCUGUCAUGUAUCCGGUGCCGCCCCCGGCCCCGCAGCGGGACUUCAUCUCGGUGACGCUGAGCCUUGGUCGGGGUCCCGAAGACGGCAAAGGCUGGCGGCGGCGCUCGUGCUGGAGGAAGUGGAAGCAACUGUCGAGAUUGCAGCGGAACGUGAUUCUCCUUGUCGUGGCGUUUCUGAUGCUCUGCGGACUCCUGUCCUACAUCAGCGUGGCUGACCCGUGGAAAGCCGUGCGUGGCCAGUCACCGGGAGAGCAGAAGACGGGACCAGCAAAUCCACCCGCCCUGCCGGCGCCUCAGAAAGCAGAUGCUGACCCCAAAACCUUUCCAGGGGCUCCACCGCAGAGGCCUCAGAGGCAUUUCCGACGGGGACCGCCCCGCCUGCCGAUCCAGGUACCCACUGAAGGCGAGACGGACAGGAGGCUCGAGGAAUCCAGGAGGAGGGCCGAGGUGGCAGGCGGCGCAGGCCAGGGGGAGCGCACGCAGAGAGCAGGGGUCGGCUGGAUGGGACCAGUGAUAGGGCCGUGGCGGGGCACCCAGCACCCUUGGAGAAAAGGAGAGGCGCCCACUAGGCCUUCCUUGCAGGCCAGCAGGACUCAGACCCGACCCGCCACCCCAAACGAGCGUCAGAAGGCUGUGGUAGACGCCUUCCGCCACGCAUGGGCUGGAUACCGCAAGUUUGCCUGGGGCCAUGAUGAGCUGAAGCCUGUGUCCAGGUCGUUCAGCGAGUGGUUCGGGCUGGGCCUCACGCUGAUCGAUGCCCUGGACACCAUGUGGAUUUUGGGUCUGAAGAAAGAAUUUGGAGAAGCCAGGAAGUGGGUGUCAAAGCAGCUCCGGUUCCAGAAGGAUGUGGAUGUCAACCUGUUCGAGAGCACUAUCCGAAUCCUGGGGGGCCUUCUGAGCGCCUACCACCUGUCGGGGGACGCCCUCUUCCUGAGGAAAGCCGAAGAUUUUGGGAAUCGACUCAUGCCUGCAUUCCGAACGCCCUCCAAGAUCCCGUACUCCGAUGUGAACAUCGGCACCGGGGCUGCCCACCCGCCCCGGUGGACCUCGGACAGCACAGUGGCCGAGGUGACGAGCAUUCAGUUAGAGUUCCGGGAGCUCUCCCGCCUCACGGGUCUGAGGAAGUUCCAGGAGGCCGCGGAGGAGGUGAGCCGGCACAUCCACUCACUGUCCGGGAAGAAGGAUGGGUUGGUGCCCAUGUUCAUCAACACACACAGCGGCCUCUUCACCCACAUGGGAGUGUUCACCGUGGGCGCCAGGGCCGACAGCUACUAUGAGUACCUGCUCAAGCAGUGGGUCCAAGGCGGGAAGAGGGAGACACGGUUGCUGGAAGACUACAUUGAAGCCGUCGAAGGCAUCAAAAGGCACCUGGUCCGCAGAUCUGAACCCAGCAAGCUCACCUUUGUAGGGGAACUUGCCCACGGCCAGUUCAGCCCCAAGAUGGACCACCUAGUGUGCUUCCUGCCAGGGACACUGGCUCUGGGUGCCCACCACGGCCUGCCCGCUGACCACAUGGAGCUGGCCCAGGCACUGAUGGAAACCUGCUACCAGAUGAACCACCAGAUGGAGACGGGGCUGAGCCCUGAAAUUGUACACUUCAACCUGUACCCACAGAAGGCCCAUAAGGAUGUGCAGGUCAAGCCAGCGGACAGGCACAACCUCCUGCGGCCUGAGACGCUGGAGAGCCUGUUCUACCUGCAUCGCUUCACGGGGGACCCCAAGUACCAGGAUUGGGGCUGGCAGAUCCUGCAGAGCUUCAACACGUACACGCGGAUCCCCUCGGGCGGCUACUCCUCCAUCAGCAACGUCCGGGACCCCCACAACCCGCAGCCCAGGGACAAGAUGGAGAGCUUCUUCCUGGGUGAGACCCUCAAGUACCUGUAUCUGCUCUUCUCAGACGACCCGGACCUGCUCAGCCUGGACACCUAUGUGUUCAACACUGAGGCUCACCCCCUGCCCAUCUGGGCCCCCGCCUAGGGUGCAGUGACUCCCUGUGGGCACUGCCCAGGGGUCUGACGCGUCCUGUGCUCGAGGACACCUGUGAGCAGGACCCUGGCCGUGGUUAGCUCUGCCCUCCUUUGACCCCUGCGAUGCAGUGUCUAGCUGAUGGUUGAUGCCCGGCCAACAGUCAGCUGGGCCAGGAUGUGUGGGCCUCGUGUGGUCUGGUGGCUGCUGGGCAUCAGGUGCUCUGCCCUGGCUCUGGGCUCCUUGUCUGGGGUUCUCAUCAGACACCAUUAGAAACAAGAACUCAGCGCUGUGAUUCAGGGCUGCCCCAUCCACAGGGGCGCCUCUUCCUUCUUCCCAUGAAAGCCCAUCAUGCCUCACAUUCCUGAGACCUGACCACCCUGUCAGCUGGCGCGGUGGCUUCGUGUAGCCCCAGGCCUCUGCUUCCUCCAGGGUCGCCCCAGGUCUCCCGGAUCCCAUGUGCUCACAGACAAAAGCAGUUCAGCCCAGGGCCAGCCGGCUGGGUCUCAGCCUGUGAACGUGCCCUGACCCAGGGUUCUUGGGGGGCACCUGUGACCUCUUGGGGAUCCGGGCUCUUGGCCAGCUAUGGUGUUUACAUGUUGGACUCAGGGAUUCCCCUGCCCAGCCUGGGCUGGGAGGGGCCGGGCAGGCACAUUUACCUUGCCCCCUGCCCGCCCCCCGUGGAGUGGACUUUGCAGCGGAUAAAGUGCAUUCGCUCUGUC